GUUUUAUUUAAAAACUCUUAAAUUCGUUGACUGUAAGUUAAAAUAUGGCUUUAAAAAGAGUCAAGGGAAGUAUUGAUAGAAUCUUUGAUAAAAGUCUUCAAGAUCUUGUGAGAGGAAUACGAAACCACAAGAGUAAUGAGGCGCAUUAUGUCUCCUUGUGUGUCGAUGAAAUUAAGUUGGAAUUAAAACAAGAGAAUAUUGCAGUGAAAGCUAAUGCUGUCAACAAGCUAAUAUAUUUACAAAUGUUGGGUUAUGAUAUAAGCUGGGCUGCUUUCAACAUUAUUGAAGUGAUGAGCUCACCUAAAUUUACUUUCAAGAGAAUUGGAUACCUUGCUGCUUCCCAAUGUUUUCAUUCCGAGACCGAUGUUCUAAUGUUAACCACCAACAUGAUAAGAAAAGAUCUUGGUUCCCAAAAUUUCUUUGAUGCUGGCAUAGCUUUGAAUGGAUUGUCUUGCUUCAUUACGCCAGACCUUGCCCGGGACCUUGCUAAUGAUAUACUAGCAUUGAUGACAUCAAGUCGCCCAUACACACGCAAACGUGCAGUUUUAAUUUCUUAUAAAAUCUUCCUGUGUUACCCUGAAGCUUUGAGACCAGCUUUUCCAAGAUUGAAGGAAAAAUUAGAAGACCCUGAUCCAGGUGUCCAAUCUGCUGCUGUGAAUGUUAUCUGCGAACUUGCAAGAAAAAAUCCCAAGAACUACUUGUCUCUGGCUCCAGUGUUUUUCAAACUAAUGACAUCUUCAACAAAUAACUGGGUUCUCAUUAAAAUUAUUAAACUGUUUGGAGCCCUUACACCCCUGGAACCUCGACUUGGGAAAAAGUUGAUUGAACCGCUGACUAACCUCAUACAUAACACAUCUGCUAUGUCCCUGUUGUACGAGUGCAUCAACACAGUUGUACAAGGAAUGCAAGACCAUGGUUCAUCAAUUCAGUUGUGUGUACAAAAGCUGAGGAUACUUAUUGAAGAUUCUGAUCAAAACUUAAAAUAUCUUGGUCUUCUUGCGAUGUCACGCAUUUUAAAAACUCAUCCGAAAGCUGUACAAGCACACAAGGAUUUGAUCUUGCAGUGUUUGGAUGACAAAGAUGAAUCAAUUCGAUUACGAGCGCUGGACUUAUUAUUUGGAAUGGUUUCCAAGAAGAAUUUGAUGGAAAUAGUUAAGAAAUUAAUGAUCCACGUUGCAAAGGCAGAUGGAAGUCAAUACAGGGAUGAAUUAAUCAGCAAAAUAAUCGAAAUUUGUUGCCAAAAUAAUUUUCAGUAUAUUACUAACUUUGAGUGGUACAUCAGUGUAUUGAUAGAACUAACUAGAAUAGAUGGUUCAAGUAGUCAUGGGGGCUUAAUUUCAUCGCAAAUACUCGAUGUUGCUAUCAGAGUGAAAAGUAUUCGACAAUUUGCUGCUCAUCAAAUGGCCACAUUACUGGAGAAUGCUCAUGCGUUAAUGAGUCAACUUCAUCGUAAUGGAAUGGAGGAAGUAUUAUACGCAGCUGCUUAUAUUUGUGGGGAGUUUGCUCAAUUUGUUGAGAGCCCAGAUUGUUUGAUUCAUGCCAUGGUUAGACCACGUGCUACUACACUACCCAGCCAUAUACAAGGUGUAUACUUGCAUAAUGUAAUGAAGCUGUAUGCUGUUGCAUUGAAACGUGCUGAAGAUAGUGAUGAUAAAGGAGUUGGUCUCACACAGUCGUUACAAGAGAAAUUACCCAUCUUUAUUCAAAGCUCCAACCUUGAAGUGCAGGAGAGGGCCUCAUGUAUUCUCACAUUGCUGAAAUACAUAGAAAAGUUGCAAAACAAAGGAUUAUUUGAAGUGGAUGAGUUUUCUUGUUUAUUUAAAGGAGAAUUAAACCCAGUUGCCCCGAAAGCUCAACGCAAAGUUCCUGUUCCUGAGGGGUUGGACUUGGAUGCUUGGAUCAACGAUCCUCCAUCCUCUUCAGAAGAUGAAGAUGCCAAGGAGGAGCAGAAGAUGGAGUAUGAGCGAUCAUAUAAUGACUUCUAUUCACCCACCAGUGAGAAGAGGAGGGAAUAUUCACAAGAAGAACUAAAUAAAUUACGCGAGGAACGCAUGGUUGAACAAGCGAACAACCCCAACUACUUGAUGUCAAAGAAAGCUGAAGGAUAUAUGAAUCCUGAUGAAGAAAGUGAAGCAGGAAGCAUUAACCUUGAUAUAUCAGUACCUCUACAUGUGCCUGGGUUGCCUAGCAGUGAUAGGUAUUUUAAAAUGGAACAAGAUCGGAGACGUCGUCAAAGAGCAGAACGCGUUGUUAAAAAGAAGAAAGCUAAAAGAGGAAAACAUGGGAGGAAGAGAGAGGAGCAGGAGGAGCCAGAGGAAGAGGAGGAUAUUGCUCCUGUGCAUGCAGUGGAAAUUGUUAAUGAAGAAAUGCCAGAGGGAGCUGUGAAAACGGAUUCUGAAGAUGAAAAUCCAUCGAUCGAUCCUCACAAAGCUCUCGAUAUUGAUCUUGAUUCACCAUUAACUGCAUCGGAAGCUUUACCAAAACCAAAGCACCGAGAAACAAGUGCUAAGCUUAUUAUAGAAGAACCAGAAAAGAAAGAAAAACCAUCGAAAAAGAAAAAACAUAAAAAAGAGAAAAAGCACAAGAAGAAACAUCAUUCUGCACCUGUUGAAAGUUUGUUGGUUGAUGAAGUUGAUGUUGAUAGGACAGUGAAUGGUCAUCAACAUCAACAGGUUGAUCAACAAGAUGUUGUUCAAGUUAAAAAAGAGAAAAAGGAAGAUGAUUUGAGUUUUUGGUUAAAUGAUUCAAGUGAAAAGAUGGAAGAACCUGUAGUGAAUGGUGUGGCUGUAGAGGAUGACAAGCCAACACAAAAAAUUUCAAAAGAAAAAAAGAGAAAUAAAAAAGCAAAGAAAUCGAAAAGAAAAUCUGUAGAAGUAGAAGAACCACCCCCACCUUCUGAACCACAGAUCCAAAUGAGUCGAUAUACAUUGCUUGCUGAAAACAAAGACAUGAGAAUUGAGUUCGAAACACGAUCCAUACCACGACAAGAAAAGAAAAUCACUGUAUCUUGUGUUUUCUCCAAUUUAUCUUCAAGUUUUAUCAAAACUAUUGAGUUUAAUGUCCUUGAUACAUUGAAUACAAGACUGAUUCGAGAUGGUGGUAGCUCGUCACAUGACGCUGUGCGAAUCCCUUUUUCCUUGCCACCUUCAGCAAGGAAUGAAUGUCAACUUGAGUUCACGGCAUCCAGUGUUACCAUGCCACAGCGACUUAAGGGUACCAUAACAUACAUGGUACAGGAUGAUACGAAACAACAUACUAACCAAGAGAAACUGGACUUCAAAUUACAUCUGCCAUGUUCCGCGUAUCUUAUAUCAACACCACUGUCAAGUGAUCGCUUCACCAAGUUGUUAUCAUCUGGUGAAGUUACAGACAAAGCUUCAUAUCAGUUCAACAACACAGACAUGACUUUAGAAUUAAUGCUGCAGAAACUUUGUUUCUACAUUAAAUUUGCUGUUGUAGAACAAAUUGGGAACAGUGCUUCACUUUAUUCGUCAUCUAUUCAGAAACACCAUGUUUGCUUGCUGGUUAAAAGUGUGGGCAAUGGUAUAAGCAUCGAUGGAAAAAGUGAUAAUAGUUCGUUGCUAUCUAAUAUAAUGGAUGAAGUCAAAAUGGUGGGGAAAACAUAAGAUCAUAUCCUGUAUGUGAGAUAAUGGUUUUGUGCAAAGGGGCAUUUUGGUGUUAAAUGAUCAUUAAUAGCCAAACAACACAAGAAGACGAUUUUUUGCAUAAUACAAUAUUUAAAUCCAUCGUUUUAUCUCCAAGACGAUUUAAAAAUGAGCAAUCACCUUAAAUGUUGUACUAAUAUUGUAUUGUUCUUAUACUGGCACUCCACAUUUGAAUUAGCAUAUUAAAUUUCUUAUUUAUUUUAGUUAGACAUGAAAUACUAUUAUGUAGUCACUACAUUUUGUUUGGUGCUUACUCUAUCAUUGCCCAACAAAAAUUUUACUGUUUUUGAAAAUAAUUUUUGUGUCGAAUGUAACCAUAUGUAUAUGUUAUUUAUCGUAUAUCAUUUGUAAGAUGUCUAUGUUCUACACGCUGUACAUUUAUUGCAUAAUAUAACAUUAGUGGAAAUUAGAAUGGUCUAUGGUUAACUUACGUGGCUUGGUCGAAUCAUCAUUUCAUAAAUACAAGGUUUGUGAAUCAUAUA